ACAGCCGCUCAGCUCAGCCACACAGCGGAUGCGGGGCCGGGAUGAGGUGCGUGUUGCUGCCUUUUGUGCGGCUUCGGUGCGUCGAUUAAAGAUGCGAUUAAACAGCCGAGAAACAAACAAAAACAAACUGCGUCAAGCGAAAACACACCGAGCAACACUCCGGUGAUGACCGAGCGUGGAAGCUGCGGACGGAUGCGCGUCGGGAGAAAGUGAAUUUGGAGGCACUUUGGCUGCUCGGCUCUUUGUGCUGCAGGUUGCAGCUUUUUCCUUUUGGACUGAAAGGCCUCCAAGAUAGAUUCCCUCAGGAGUAAAGUGGACUUGCUGCGCCUCCCCUUGGCCCUCUCCACCAAGUCCAUUAGCAAUCGUAAGAGUCAGCUGGGCGUGGUCUGGGAGAAAGGCGGCGGCGGCCCGGGGGCAGGAGGGGCUCGGAAACUCCGCCCACCGCUAGCCUCCGACAUGGACAACGAGUCGACGUACUCGGGCUACUCCUACAAGUCGUCCCACUCACGAAGCUCCCGCAAACACAGGGAGAGGAGGGACAGGCAUCGCUCGAAGAGUCGGGACAGCAGCAUCCGUGGAGACAAAUCAGUGACCAUCCAGGCUCCGGGAGAGUCGCUGCUGGAUGCUGAGUCCACCAGAGGAGACGACAGGGAUGACAACUGGGGCGAGACGACGACUGUGGUCACUGGCACCUCCGUGGACAGCAUCUCCAACGAGGACCUCACACGGGUCUCUAAGGACAUUGAGGAUUCUUCGCCGCUGGAGUGCCGGCGUUACUUCGGCCCAGCGUUGGGCGCCGUCCUGGGGCUCUUUGCUCUGGUCACUCCACUGGCCUUCCUGGCGCUCCCACAGCUCCUUUGGCGGGACACACUGGAACCUUGCGGCACACCAUGUGAGGGCCUUUACAUUUCUCUGGCCUUCAAGCUCCUGAUCCUCCUCAUCUCCACCUGGGCGCUUUUCCUCCGCCCACCCAGAGCCACUCUGCCACGCUUCUUCAUCUUCCGUUGUCUGCUGCUGGCGUUGGUCUUCCUCUUCGUUGCGUCUUAUUGGCUCUUCUACGGGGUUAGGGUCCUGGAGCCCAGAGAGACGGACUACAGGGGGAUUGUGGGAUAUGCAGCAUCUCUGGUGGACGCGCUGCUGUUCAUUCAGUACCUGGCCCUGGUGCUGCUGGAGGUCAGACAUCUGCAGCCUGCGUUCUGUCUCAAGGUUGUGAGGACCACAGACGGAGCCAGUAGCUUCUAUAACGUAGGACAUCUUAGUAUUCAGCGAGCAGCAGUGUGGGUUCUAGAUCAGUACUACAGUGACUUCCCAGUGUAUAACCCCGCCCUGCUCAACCUGCCCAAGUCCAUCCUCUCUAAGAAGAUGUCUGCCUUCAAGGUCUACAACCUGGGGGAAGAGAACAGCACCAAUAACUCUACAGGUCAGUCCAGAACCAUGAUCGCAGCCGCUGCUCGGAGAAGAGACAACUCUCACAACGAAUACUACUACGAGGAGGCAGAGAUGGAGCGGAGGGUCCGCAAACGUAAGGCUAGAUUGGUGGUGGCAGUAGAAGAAGCCUUUACCCACAUCAAGCGCCACCAGGAUGAGGAGGUGAUCCCCUCUUCACCUAAACACCCUCGGGAGGUGAUGGACCCCAGGGAGGCGGCCCAGGCCAUCUUUGCCCCCAUGGCGAGGGCCAUGCAGAAGUACCUCCGCGCCACCAGGCAGCAGUCCUACCACAGCAUGGAGAGCAUCAUCAACCACCUGCAGUUCUGCAUCACGCACAACAUGACCCCCAAGGCUUUCCUUGAGCGUUACCUCGGCCCAGGUCCCACCCUCCAGUACCUGGAUACCAGCAGGGGGCGCCAGUGGACACUAGUGAGUGAGGAGCCAGUGACUGCUGCUCUGCGUCAGGGCCAGGUCUUCUCACUCAGACGCCUGGACUUCUCCCUGGUCGUCACGGUGACGCCACUCCCCUUCCUGCGCUUGGGCGAGGAGUUCAUCGACCCUAAAAGGCACAAAUUUGUCAUGAAGCUCCAGUCAGAGACGUCUGUGUAGGACGAGGGUGGUGAACUAUAGUGCUGUUCAUAAGCGUGACGCCCAAAUGAGGUGGCUAUAACAUCACAAUAGUCAAGGCAACAGUAACACCCCAUCACAGACUUUGUUCCUCAGAAGUCAUAAGAUUAGACACUCAAAGUGCUGACUGUUAACUUCUGAUGUUGUACUAUAGACUGCUUCCAGUUUUCAUGACACUGAAGUAUUUGUGCUGCUUUUGGUGCUAUUUCACUACACAUUCAAUGAAAUAAGUGUUUUUGAGAAAAAAAUGGGUCCUUUGGUUAAAAAAGUUACACUUAAAUUUGAUUUGAUCCACAUUUAUUAUUCAGGCUACAAUUUUUCAAUAGAAUAUAUACCCAUGUAUGGUGUGGACUGUUUCUGGUAAAUGUACCAAGCCUUCUGAGUGUGCACUGACCUUUAAAAUGCACUAUCAGACCUGACAGGCUUCACUUUAGCUCACUCAUUGCCAGAGCUAAUCUUAAUUCUCGAAAGUAUAUAGUAAGAUACACUGGAUUGACUUUCAAUGCACUGAGCAUUUCGUAAAAUGCGCUGUAUUAUUUCCUGCUCAGGUUUUGGUGAAUCACUUCUCAUUUCUGGAGAACUGAAAGAAAUGUACUCCUGCACUGGGAGGAAAUAUAACUUUGUUAGCACAAUGUAAAUACCAGUAUACUGUAUGUCCAAUAUCUCUGGUAGCUGAUGUAUUCACCUUUACAUACGAGGUUUGAAAUGGACUUAAUGAGCUCCAACACAAUACAGCCAGGCACCACCAAUGUGCUUCUUUUUGGCAGCUUGAUGUUUUUGAUAUUUUGCAAAGUGAGUGUGUGAAUUUGUGUGUGUGGUUGGAUCACAAAGUGGACAAAGUGGGCAACUGCCUCGUGGCCUGAGACCCUUAAGCCCCAGGUUCCCCUCAUGUGCGUAAUUUGAUUAAUUGCAAGUCUCCGGCACCAAUUCAAUAUGCUGAAUUGGCCAGUAAGGGCCAAGAAGGGCCGAUUAUGCCAGCGGUGCAGGACCAUGUGUCAAAUGUAGGAUGACGCGCUCACCAGCGGCCAGGCAUUGACCAACAACCAACCAUCAACUUAGUGUGUCGGGACCUAUAGACAUACUGUAACAAUGCCUCGGGGUAAAGUAGAUGGUGGCAGCAUGCAACCUCAAAAGGAAUGGUUGCAAUCUGCCAUAAAAAGUAUAGAAGAAGAAUCUAUGCACAAUUAAAGCAGGAAGUACCUUGAAGUUUCCACCAUAAAUUGAAUAGAAAUAGAAUAGAAAAGGCACAAAUUGUUGCAUAAAACUUUGAUAGAAUGCAGUAAAUGAGGUGUUUAAUGGUCAGAAUUUCUUAGGGGAGGGCCCUGGCUAAAUAUGUGUCCCCCCAAAUGUUGAAACAAAACCUACACCCUUGUUACACUACAUUAAUUAUUUUUAGAUAUUUAGCCAUGUGAUCAAGGGAGGGCGUUGUCGGUCACUUGCCCCGCUACUUUGGUCCAGACUGGAGUAUCUCAACAAAUAUAUGCCGUAAAUUUCAUACAGACCUUUAUGGUGCCCAAAAUUUGUCCACUUUGUGACCAAAUAUCUGCCAGAUGUUUCCACCAGCCUCAGUUGUACUUUGUUUAAAGCUAAUUAGCAAAUGUCAGUAGCCUAAAAAAAAGCAUGUUUAUACACUGAAGUAAGAUGAACAUGAUCGACACUACCUUUUAAGACAGGUUCUUCAAUACCUAACCUUGUGGCCCUGUCCUGUAGAAGUGCCCUGAGUCAAAAUCUACCUUUCAAGACCUUAAAAAAGUACUUCGCGAUUUAGCAUUGCACUCCCAUGACACUGUUAAGCUCACGAGAGACAGUAAAACAAAAAAAAUUUAUUCCACACAUUCUCCUUUCUGGUCAAAACUUGUCGCCAGAAUUACCCAUAAUGCAACUCGAGUGGGGACUAAGAACUUUUGCGAAGCCAAUUUGAGAGUUUUAUCAGUAGCACGGGGUAAAAUCUCUCAGUAAGCGAGAGACUGAAUCAGUGACCAUAUGCUAACAACAACUGUCACUUCCUGGUAGACAACUGACAAACGAUUUUAAUUGAGAUAUGUAAAACUGGCAAACUUGGUUACUUCUGUUGUCAUUUUCCAAACCGGUCUCACUCCCAACUCAUCAAAUACCAACGCUUGGAGAGUGGCCGUUGGCAUCGCUACUGAUGGUGAAACAAGGCACCCUUUGGCAGUGGUAUGAGAUGUACCGGGUGGCGGCUUAGUGAUGGCCAAGUGAAGCCUCAUGAACCACUUUCUUUAUUUUCUGACCCCACCAGAUGGCGCUCUUGGUUUAAAGAUAAAGGCUGAAGGACUGGCAAUGAAGUGUGCUUUCAAACCUUUGUUGAACAGACAGCGCCAUCUGGUGGCUUCAGAAAAUAAAGACAGUGGUUCAUGAGGCCUCAUUUGGCCAUCACUAGGCAGCAUUCUUUGAGGCUCUGCGCAACUGCUGUGGUAUAAAGGCCGAGAAAGUCUGUAAAAGGCAGGUGGGAGCAGAGGUAGAUGUCUGUGUGAAACCAAAAGUCUGAGCUAUUUUUCAUUUUGCGCACAGAAGCUGUUGUAAAAAAACAUUGUGAUUCAGCCUAUUGGCACGUCGUUUCCCAUUAAGCAUUUGAUUUUUGGAGCUUGUGAAGACAAGCUGCGGUGCUCGCGUCUUUGUCCCUUGAAAUUUUCACAUCAGUUGCGUUGUCAGAGCAAGCCUGACAAUAUUACUAACCAUCAUGCAAUGCACUCUGCAAGACGGCAGUCGCAGGAAAGCGUAGGUGCUGCUCAGCUCAAACAAGCCCACUUCCUCAAAGGGCUAGCCUUCAGAUGUCUUUCUACCUUUGUUAGACAGUCAUGGGCUGGCUCAGCUUCGGUUUGGGCCAUCAGCCCAGCACAGCAGGGAUUUGCAUCUCCAUUACAAAUGGGCUACCUGCUUGAAGGUGUGUCAUUAGGAGCAGGAGCAUGUCUUAAGUCCCUCAUUAUUUUUGCUGCAUGUGUUUUUCCACAGCAGGGCAGGUAAAAGAAGUUUAUCUGUCAGAGGUGAGCUGUUGCAGAGGUGCAGUAAGAGCCUGUUGUCUGCAGCUCUUCAUUAACAUCUCACUGUGGCUGUUCUGCUUUUAAUCUUCCUCCUUGCGGUAUUGGUAGGCUAGUUUUUAUUGAGGAAAGGCAGCUAACAAAAUUCCACUAAUUUGGUGGUAAACACGUUUCAUUUCCUCUAGAUUCUUCACAAUAAAGUUCCCCUGUUAUUUUGUCAUGUAAACGCUUUUAUUGUGAAGAAGCAAAAUAAGAGAUGCAGGGUUUUCAUCAGCAGUAACUUAACAAGACUCAUGCGGCCAAAGUACAAACCGGGACACAGGACAGAAACUAAACUCCAACCAAAGACGUUCAGUUAGAAGCUACAAACAUACUGAGAACUGAACACACAGAGACUUUUGAAAACGCCUGUCUCAUUAGUCUCCCGCAGACAGGUGAGAGGUGAGUCUCGCACCACACACGCUUGUUUCAGGGGGAAGAGGAGUCAUCAGGGGUUGGUUCGGUUGGCGAGACGUCACCGCUACCUGCUUUAGAGUGGGCGUUUGUGCUUGUGGACCUACUCCAGAGACGAGGUCUACUCCAGGUCCACGGCACAUCACAUCUAAACUGACGAUAAAAAAAACAAGUCGGCUUGACUCAGCGCGGCCAGAAGUGGUCAUGGUGCAUGUCCUUACCUCAAAGUGACAUCUUUUGAGGAUGUUUCUCAGACUUCACACAGCUUCCUCUUUAGACACUGCAGUUGCAUUGUCCAAUACCCAUAAACAAACCCCGGCGCUUGCCCUUUAAUUGCUUCAAGGUAACUGACACACAAAAAAACAGUCCAAAACCCACAGAUAUUCAGUUUAUUAUCCAACAUAGAAAGUCAACAUAUGUUAAGCCAGAACAGAUGAUUUGUGUGUGUGUUUGUGUUUUCCUUAAAAGAAAUCCUAAUUCAUGAAUAAUCAAAAUAGUUGCAGGUUCUGUUGAUUAACUAACUGAUUAACAGACUAAUCAUUCCACUUUUAGAGUACCAUAGUGCCAUAAGUAUUGGGGUCAACAGGGGUCCUUCAGCAGGUAAAUCUGGCCAUGGGUUGAUCUGUGUGCACAUUUUCUUGUGUCUUGUGACUCAAAGAUAUCUUUUUUACACUACAGCUAGAUUGCCUUUCCACUCAGAAGCAGCUUAUGUGUAUAUUUCAUUGCAGUUUUCUAAGGUUGUAUUUUCCUGUUUUCAAAUGGAUCACUUUGUUGUACUUGAGUAAGCUCCUAACACUUGUCUCUGAAGAGCAUUGUCUUUAAAAGCGAGAUUUACUGUUACACUGUGUUUUUUAGGACUGAGUUGUUUUUUUUAAAUAAAUAUCUCACCCAAGCAUUUGUCACAUCUGUGUCACA